ACACUGGUAGCACAUCACACAUCAGGGCUUGAAUGCGCUGAGGGUCGCGGGCUGUGGUGUGGGAUGGUGUGCCCCGCUGUGUGAUCACCUGUCCCGUUAGCAGCCGCCCCUCGCUGGACUCACAGACGCGCUGCGUUAAGCUGACUGGCUGCACGGUCACAGCGACAGGACGUCCGCGUCGCCGGGACAACAUAUGGCACACAGGUGAAGAAGUGUUUGAGAUUUUCCCCAAAGACAGCUGAACAGCACCUAGCAGCUGCUCCAUCAUGGUGUAUGGACAGAUCUUUCACCGGCACAACCCUGAUGAGUGCUUUAUCAAUAUCAAUGUUGGUGGUUUCAAACAACGAAUAGAGCACCAAGUUUUGAAAAGAUUCCCACAGACACGUCUGGGUCGCCUUGUGUGUUGUAGCUCCAAAGAAGCAAUCCUGGAGCUCUGCGAUGAUUUCAGUUCCUCUGAAAUGGAGUUCUACUUUGACCGAAAUCCACUUUUUUUCUGCUAUGUUCUCAACUUUUACCUCACAGGCAAAAUCCACCUGGUAGAUGGGUUGUGUGUUUUCUCAUUUGUUCAAGAGAUUGAGUACUGGGGCAUCAAGGAGCGCCAUCUGGACCUCUGCUGCAGUAACAAAUACUAUGAACUGACGGCACUCGCUGAGCAUAAGAGCUGGGAUCAGAGGAGCAAUGAACUACAACUCCACAGCUCUGCCUCAUCGGUUGAGGAGCUGUCAGCUUCGGAAGACAACAUAGAAAUGUUUGAAGGUUCCUGGUGUGCUGAUGUCCGCAGGAAUAUUUGGAUCCGACUUGAGAAUCCUGGUUACUCAACUUCAGCAAAAGUGAUGGCUGUAGCAUCCAUAAGUGUUGUCAUUAUCUCUAUUGUUGCCUUGUGCAUUCACAGCAUGCAAGACCUCCAUCAAGUGGAUCUCAAUGAGAAGGAGAUUGAAAACCCAGUGCUGAGUUUCUGUGAGAGCUUCUGUGUUCUGUUCUUCUCUGCAGAGUUCAUUCUUCGUUUGGCUGUUGCACCAUCAGCCAGGAAGUUCAUGCACAGCCCUCUCAACAUUAUUGAUGUACUGUCAGUCAUGCCCUAUUAUGUCACAAUAGCCUGUGAUAUAAUGGAUGAAGGGGAGAGCACAGACCUGGAGAAUGUUGGCAAAGUGGUGCAGAUCUUGAGGUUGAUGCGAGUGUUUCGCAUCCUAAAACUUGCUCGCCACUCAGCAGGUCUUCGCUCUCUUGGCGCUACACUGCAACACAGCUCCCGUGAAGUAGGGCAGCUGGUGCUUUUCUUGUCUGUGGGCAUUUUCAUGUUUUCUGCUCUCAUUUACUGUGUAGAGAAAGAAUGUCAGGAGUCGACGCUGCAGAAUAUCCCUGUUGGCUGGUGGUGGGCCACCAUUAGCAUGACUACAGUGGGCUAUGGAGACACAUUUCCUGUUACCCUUGCUGGGAAGAUGAUAGGUACACUGUGCAUCAUCUGUGGGCUGCUGAUUGUGGCUCUGCCCAUUACUAACAUCUUCAAUAAAUUCUCCAAGUUCUAUCAGAAACAGAAACACAUAGAUAGCAGACAAAACAAUAACUGAGCUCCCUCCAGAAAUUACAGGAGUUUUCUAAAGAGUACCGGGAUGAUGUAUUAAAACCUGCAAUUCCUGAUAAGUUAAGUUAUCAUAAAAUGUGACAAAUAUGUUUGCGGCUUCAGGCGUUAGUUCAACAUUUUGGACAAUCUGCUUUUCAUCAAAGAGUUAAAUGAAAAGAUAGAUACCAUUCUCAUGUCUGUAUGCUACAAAUGUAGCUGGAACAAACAGCUGGUUAUCUUAAAUGUAAGCUUAAUAGAUUGCUGUAGGGAUGACAUAUUUGGAUAAUUUUCAUUUUGGAUUUUGGUUUAUUGUAGAAAAACAGCUGACCACCUCUUUUAUGAUUUCUGAAACUUAAAUACAACUGUGGUUAGUAACAACCUAACAUCAGGCUAUAGGCUAAACAAACAGACAAAGAACAUUAAGCUGCAGGACUUAAGUGUCACCACCACUAAGCAUCUCAUCACACUAUCCUAUAGACAAUUAAAAGUGAUCAAUCCAUGAGUUGUUAAGUAAGAAUAGUUGGUAACCGAAGUCUGUAGUUAAGACGGAUUAGUGAGUAGAUGAGUGUCUGUGUUCUCCUUGAUACAAAAAAGCUACAUGUGAGCAACUGCCUUUUCUAAGACAUGUAAACACCUUUUAAUUUUAAAUGUGGGAUAAUUACUUAAGUAUUUAAUGUUGUAGAACAAAACGUGAAAAUCACUUAAGCUUUCGUUAACCACAGGCCUUAUUUCAGGCAUUUAACCGUAAACCCAUUUGUAAAACCCAUGUAGCACAAUGAGCUGUUGUUUGGAUUGAUAUAAUGAAUUCAGAUUAAAAAGAAGGGAUAUAAUGUGUUAAGUGUUAAGGUUUAGAGGUGCUUGUAGGUGGAUUUUGUUGUUGUUCUUAUGGACAGAGCCUGGCUAUCUGAUUUCCCUUGCUCCAAGUAUUUCUGAUAUGCUAAGCUAACCUGCUGCUGGCUCCAGUUUGCAUAAGUCUGAAAUAGGGUUGUGUCAGUGCAGAAGAAAGGUUUGGCUACACAGAUUCUCACUGUGGUAUAGGGAUACAAACCCUCUGGCCUGUUUGUAUUUCUUUGAGACAAGCGUCUUGGGUGGUGCUUAAGCCUGGCUGCAGCGAGCAUGCCCCUGCACGGCUUAAUCCCCCCCAAAAGAAAAGGCACAGUAAGAGAUACUAGCCUGUUUAGGUUUGUAUCGUUAGGGUUAGGGUUAGGGUAACUUGGUAUUUUCAGCAUUUUGGCUGUUAUCCAGGGGAUUGUUGUUAUCUGUAGAGGAGAGGACCUUGGAAAAAAAUAACAUGCGGAAGGGGAGGAAAAUGCAGACUACAAAAAAACAGUCGCCCUAUGACUCAACAGUCUACAUCCAGUGAGUCAAGCUAGAGUGUAACUAUGGCAAAGGUAUCAACCUUUAAAUCAAAAAACACAAAACUGCCAAAAUGUCAAGCAAAUGUCUAACUUCAUUGACUUAAUUUAAAGUAUGGGCAAUUUAAUGUUUAACACCCUGUUUUUAAGCCAUUAAUUGCAUUAUGAAACUGUAAUAGACCAAGUUACAUUGAUUGUUGCAUUCAGGGCAAUGUAUUUUAAAAUUUGAGUUCACUGACGAGAUAUGACACAGCAUUGUGUAGUUGUAGGUUUCCUUCAUGCAAACUUGUCAACAAUCCAUGCCAUGCUGUUGCACUCCUCAUCUGCUAUUCACCUUGAGUGUCAAAAGCUUUCAAUUGCUUAAUCCAAUGAAUAUCUCUGUACUGUUUGUUUGGUCAUCAGUGUAAUGAGUUCGUAAUCAAUGUGCUUGGGUCGACAACAGUGAAAGUCAAUGAAAGUACUUGCUUUGUGCUGAAUUUGCAAUUCUUCCCACAGUAUGUAUUGGCGUACUUAAAUUGGAGAAGAAUAAAGUGGACAAUGAA